AUGGAAUUCUAGACAACAUAUUAAAAAUGUCAUUCUAAUCAAUAAUAACACCAACCUCCAUAAUAAAAAGAUGGUGUGUACAAUCAAGAAAUAAAAAAACAUAAAACAGUUCACAAUAAUGAUGUAUCAACUAUUAGAGUUAGUUAAAAGCUUUGCCUUUAAAGAACAUUGUAGUAAACAGAAAAAGACAAAGUGUCAGUGAUUGAGAUGCAACUCUUCUUAAAUUGUAAGAAUUAAAAAAGAAAAUUUAAGAAAAAGUUCCUAAUCCUCUUGAAAUUUUAGAACCAGAAAGUAAUCCUAUUUCAAAAGAAUUACAUUUUAAGCUUCAUUUUAAACUGAAGAAUCCAAAUUAAUUUCAAAAACAGUUGAUACACCUGGAACUGCUUAAUUUAUGUAAUCUAAUAGAGAUGAUAAUAUACAAGUUCCAAGAAAUCCUUUAGAAAGAAAUACUUCUUUUCAAGAUAUAUAAAAAAUAGAUAAUUAAAUUUCACUUUAGAAAAAACUUGAUUUAUUUUUUGAAAAAAGAAAACCUUCUUGUUGUGAAGACUGUUCAAAAAACAUAAUAAAUUACAAAACCAUAUUUUGAAUCGAAUAAAGGAGAAGAUAUACAAAAUAAUAACUUUACUAAUAGACUUGAAUGUAGAAAAAUCAUGAUUAUAUUGGAUUAAGAUAAAGAAAAAAUAUUAGAUUUAGUAGCAUCCAUAAUUCUCAAACUAGUAAUGAUUAAUAAAUUAUUUUAAACAAUUCAAACAGAUAGAAAUUUUACACUUAUUCAUGGAGCUAUUAGAUCAAAAUAAUAAUCAUUAAGAGAAGCUGCUCUAGAUUUAUUUAGUGAAAUUGUAAAAUAAAUUGCCUAAAGAGAAUGUAUUUAUUUAAUUAUUAAACAUAGAAUCAUAUUAAGAUUAUUUAGUUAAAAUAUAUAUUGAUGAAAUAGAAUCAAAAAAAAAAUCAAAAGAAGAAGAAUAUAUUCAUAGUAAUAUUAUGAUGAUUAAAAUUCUUCUUACAUAUGCUAAAUAAGAUGUAAUAUAUAAUCAUUAUUAAUAAUAGGUAUUUUCAUAAAAUUAAAUCUAAAAAAGAUCAUAAAUCAUCUAUUAUGAAUAAGGGUGUAAUUGA